AUGGAAGACGAGGUCGCUGCUCAGCUUGUCAUUGACAAUGGUUCGGGUAUGUGCAAGGCCGGUUUCGCCGGCGACGACGCCCCCCGUGCCGUGUUCCCCUCAAUUGUCGGUCGUCCCCGUCACACGGGUGUGAUGGUCGGCAUGGGCCAGAAGGACUCCUACGUCGGUGACGAGGCCCAGUCCAAGCGCGGUAUCCUCACGCUCAAGUACCCUAUUGAGCACGGUAUCGUGACCAACUGGGACGACAUGGAGAAGAUCUGGCACCACACCUUCUACAACGAGCUGCGUGUGGCCCCCGAGGAGCACCCCGUGCUGCUGACCGAGGCGCCGCUGAACCCGAAGGCCAACCGUGAGAAGAUGACGCAGAUCAUGUUCGAGACCUUCAACGCGCCCGCGUUCUACGUCGCUAUCCAGGCCGUCCUGUCGCUGUACGCCUCGGGUCGUACGACCGGUAUCGUGCUGGACUCGGGUGACGGUGUCACGCACACUGUGCCCAUCUACGAGGGCUACUCGAUGCCCCACGCCAUCCUGCGUCUGGACCUGGCCGGCCGCGACCUCACGGAGCACCUGGUCAAGAUCCUCAUGGAGCGUGGCUACCCCUUCACGACCACGGCCGAGCGCGAGAUCGUGCGUGACAUCAAGGAGAAGCUCUGCUACGUCGCUCUGGACUUUGAGCAGGAGAUGCUGACCGCGGCCCAGAGCUCGGCGCUCGAGAAGAGCUACGAGCUGCCCGACGGCCAGGUGAUCACCAUCGGCAACGAGCGCUUCCGCUGCCCUGAGGCUCUCUUCCAGCCGUCGUUCCUGGGCCUGGAGGCCGCCGGUAUCCACGAGACGACCUACAACUCGAUCAUGAAGUGUGACCUGGACAUCCGCAAGGACCUGUACGGUAACAUUGUCAUGUCGGGUGGUACGACCAUGUACCCGGGUAUCUCGGACCGUAUGCAGAAGGAGAUCACCGCUCUGGCGCCCAGCAGCAUGAAGGUCAAGAUCGUGGCUCCGCCGGAGCGCAAGUACUCGGUCUGGAUCGGUGGUUCGAUUCUCGCCUCGCUCUCGACCUUCCAGCAGAUGUGGAUCUCGAAGCAGGAGUACGACGAAGCCGGUCCCUCGAUCGUGCACCGCAAGUGCUUCUAA